ACUGUGUAACAAGAGAGGAGACUACAGAGAAGUCAACAAUGGCGGAAUUUGGAGAGCUCGAAGCUCAAGAUGGUGUUAGGAUGCCAUGGAACAUCAUCCCCGUCGUAACGAAGAAGGAACAAUCCAUCGACUCGGAAAUCCCAGUUUCCGCCAUUUACACGCCUCUUCGCUCCUCCACCGAGCACCCCCUUCUUCUUCCUUACUCUCCUCUCCGUUGCCGGACUUGUCGCUCCGUCUUAAACCCUUACUCCGUCGUCGAUUUCUCCGCUUCCGUAUGGGGUUGUCCUUUCUGCUUCAAUCGCAAUCCCUUCCCGUCGAGUUACUCCUCGAUCGCCGAUAACAAUCUCCCUCCGGAGCUCUUUCCUCACUGCACGACCGUCGAGUACCUCUGCGAUUCCUACUCUUCUCCUUCUCCUCCUGUUUUCCUCUUCGUCGUUGACACUUGCCUCAUCUCUGAAGAGCUCGAUUUCCUCAAAUCGUCUCUCUUCCAAGCUCUGGAUCUCCUCCCCGAUACCUCCAUCGUCGGCCUCAUUACCUUCGAUUCAUUGGUCCGCGUCUACGAGCUCGGAUUCCCACACUGCACCAAGUCCUACUUCUUCCAUGGAAACAAAGACUGUACCAAAGAUCAGCUACUGGAUCAGCUGAGUUUCUUCGUCAAGAACCCAAAACCUUCUUCCGGCGUCAUCGCCGGAGCUCGAGAUGGUCUCUCCUCCGAGGACAUCGCACGGUUUCUUUUGCCAUCCUCCGAUUGCCAGUUUACUCUUCACUCUGUUCUUGAGGAGCUCAGGAACAAUCCCUGGCCCGUUGCAGCUGAUCACCGCCCUGCCAGGUGCACCGGUGCUGCGCUCCGUAUCGCUGCUGGUCUCUUAGGAGCUUGCUUCCCUGGCUCUGCUGCUAGAAUCAUGGCUUUUAUUGGUGGUCCUUCCACUGAAGGCCCUGGAGCUGUUGGCAUUGCUGAGCUGAAAGUUACAGUGGAGCAGACAGGUGGAUUUGUCGUGCUUGCUGAAAGUUUUGGCCAUUCGGUGUUUAGGGAUUCUCUCAGGCGGGUGUUUCAGUCGUCAGGUGAAAAUGAUCUUGGCUUGUCCUCAUGUGGUAUAUUUGAAAUUAACUGCUCAAAGGAUAUCAAAGUUCAGGGAAUUAUUGGCUCUUGCGCAUCUCUCGAAAAGAAAGGACCGUUAUGCUCUGACACUGGCAUCGGUCAGGGCCACACAAGCGCAUGGAAGAUGUGUGGCCUUGACAAAAACACUUCCAUAUGUUUAGUUUUUGAAGUUGCUAAAAGGGAGACACCUGAUGUUGUUCUGCAGUCGCAAAUUAUCAGCACUCAAAUGGUCAAACAAGACUCAGGGUUACAACUCUUUCGAGACGAUGGGUCAUGGGAACUGAAAGCUUACAGGCAAGAGUUGACAAAUGGUUUUGACCAAGAAGCAGCGGCUGUGGUCAUGGCACGGCUUAUUUCUUUCAAAAUGGAGACCCAGCCUGAGUUUAAUCCUCAAAGGUGGGUGGACAAAGCUUUGAUAAAUCUAUGCUCUCGGUGUGGAGAGUACCAGAAGGGCAUUCCUUCUUCCUUUAGAGUGCCUUCUCAGUUAUCGAUCUUCCCGCAGUUCGUGUUUCACUUGCGCCGAUCUCAGUUUGUCCAGGUUUUUAACAACAGCCCAGAUGAAACCGCAUAUUUUCGAAUGAUAUUGAACCGAGAGAACGUUUCUAAUUCAAUCGUGAUGAUUCAGCCUUCGCUGGUUUCUUUCUCGUUCCACUCACCACCAGAACCAACUCUUCUUGAUGUGGCAUCCAUUGCAGCUGACAGAAUCCUAGUGCUGGAUUCAUACUUCACCCUCGUAGUAUUUCACGGUGCUACAAUCGCUCAAUGGCGAAAAGCUGGAUACCAUAAUCAACCUGAACAUCAGGCAUUUGUGCAUCUGUUACAGUCACCUCGUGACCAUGCAGACACGAUUAUCAGCGAAAGGUUUCCCACUCCGCGUCUUGUCAUAUGCGAUCAGUACGGUUCACAGGCUCGUUUUCUUCUAGCAAAACUGAAUCCUUCUUCUGAUGGCAAUGGUACUUUUUCCGGCGAGAGUAAUGUUUUCACAGAUGAUGUGAGCUUGUCUGUGUUUCUUGAUCAUCUUAGACGACUCAUUGCUCAA